GCGUCUAUUUAAAGUUUUUUACAUGGUGCUUCGUGCUUUGUGCGAGUCGUGCCUUGAAUCUGAAAAUAUGAAGUUGUUCGUCAUUCUGCUCACCGCGGGAAUACUUUUUCAAAAAGGUGCAGAAGCGUUCUUCUGCCUGCUGCCGUACUUCGACGUCCCUCUGAUAGGAGAACGAUGCAUAUGCAGAGGAACAGAGCUGAGAUGCUUCAAAACGAAUAAUGGAUUCAGACCCGGAUACGGACCGCCAGGUUACGGCCCUCCAGGUUAUAGUCCGCCUGGCUUCGUUCCGCCUGGUUUUGGUCCUGGCAUCCCUCCCCCAGGCUACGGUCCACCACCUCCAGGAUUCGGUCCUGAUUAUCCGCCGCCUUAUUAUUAAACUAACGCAUGAGGGGUUAAUUCAUGUCAAAAUAACUUCAAAAUAAAUGUAUGUUAUAAAAAUA